AUGGAUUCUACGAUGAAGUGCAUGCGUCGAUAUCAAAGUCAGCGAAUGUGGCAAUCAUUUCAGGGAGGAUUUCCUCCACUAUCCAACUACUUAUUUUUGGGUGAUUAUGUGGAUAGAGGUAAACAAAAUCUUGAAGUAAUCUUACUAGUGAUUGCAUAUAAGGAUGUUUUCUGCGUGAUGCCUUUGACAGCUCUUGUUGGCGACAAAAUCCUCUGCAUGCACGGCGGUCUGUCGCCUCAUUUGGAAUCACUGGAACAACUCAGAAAUAUUCCUAGGCAAGUCAGAAAGCUCCCACAAAAUACUUGGCCCACUGAAGCAAUCGGAGCAACUCUGGAAAUGGAUCUGCUUUGGGCAGACCCGGUGAUCGGAUUGAAUGGUUUUCAGGCGAACAUGCGUGGUGCCUCAUAUGGUUUUGGACCCGAUAUUCUGGCCAAGUUCUGCCAAAUGCUCAACAUCGAUUUGGUUGCAAGAGCUCAUCAAGUAGUGCAGGAUGGCUACGAGUUCUUCGGAGGACGGAAACUUGUGACCAUCUUCUCAGCCCCUCACUAUUGUGGCCAGUUCGACAACGCUGCCGCGAUGAUGACCGUCGAUGAAAAUCUACAAUGUUCCUUCGAAAUUCUUCCGUCCAUCCGUCGGCAAGCCUCAGCCGAAGAUUAUUCCUACUGCUAUGGGAUCUCCUGGAGCGCCUGCGUGUCAAUGAUACUCACCCAUUUAAUAAACUUGUUCACAGCUUUAUAG